CCAGUAGGAAGGGCGCAUCCCGGAUAGCUAGCUGGCUAGCUGUACUCACCAUAACGAUGGCAGUUAACCUCAGCAAAAAUGGCCCUGCAUUGACAGCUGCAUAUAAAGAAGUGGUAGAUGAAAAAUCCAACACCGACUGGGCCUUGUUCACCUAUGAGGGAAACAGUAAUGACAUCCGCCUGGCAGAAAAAGGGGAUGGAGGACUGGAGGAGUUGGUUGAGGAACUCAACAGUGGAAAAGUGAUGUACGCUUUCUGCCGGGUCCAGGAUCCAAAUUCUGGCCUGCCUAAAUAUGUCCUCAUCAACUGGACUGGGGAAGGAGUGAAAGAUGCCAGGAAAGGAAUAUGUGCAAAUCACGUCAGUGCCAUGGCCAAUUUUCUUAAGGGGGCCCAUGUCACAAUAAACGCCAGAGCUGAUGAGGAUGUUGAACCUGAGGCGAUAAUGCAGAAAGUGGCUAAAGCCUCAGGAGCAAACUAUAGUUUCCACAAAGAAGCCUCCAGCCGCUUCCAGGACAGCGGUCCUCAGGGUCCUGUGGGCUCAGUGUACCAGAAGACCAACGCUAUGUCGGAAAUCAGAAAGACCAAUAAAGACACCUUCUGGGCACAGGCAGAGAAAGAAGAGGAGAAACGCCGGCAGGAGGAGCGGCGCAAGGCAGAGGAAGAGCGCCAGCAUCUGGAGAGAGAGAGGAAAGACAGAGAGGCCAAGGAGGCAGCACUGAGGGACAAAAGGGACAAGGAGAGGGCCUCUCAAAUCGAGCAACAAAAGAAGUACCAGCAGCAGCAGGAAGCUGAGAGUAGAGAGCAGGAGAAACAACAUUUGGAGGAUCAGGAGGAGAACCAGGCAGCCCAAAGGAAAGCAGUCAAGAGAGGUGAAUCAGUGGAGAAGGCCAAUGAGGCAGCUUCUCUCAUCUCUCAGCGUGCUCUGAAUCCCAGAGAGAUGUUCAAGCAGAGAGAGAGGGGAAUAACUCCCAGUGACUCAGACGUCCCCGCUGCUGCCCCUGCUAGCCCCCAGCCAGGGCGUCUGCAAAGCCCUUUUCUGUCUAAGCAAGCGUAUGAAUCUGAGCGAGCCAGCUCACCUCAGCGUCAAGCUUCGCCUGUGCCAGCAGGCACCGCCUCUCCUGUCCGUGCCACAGAGCCUGAUGUGGAUGAUGGACAGUCCAGGUGUGAGUAUGAUGAGCAGGAGGCAGCCCCCCAGGAGCAGGAGAAAGAGGAGGCACCCGCUGCCAAAUCGUAUGUCCAGGAAGAGCCCGCUCAGGUGGAGGAGAAAAACUCACAUGAGGUAACUGCCGAGGAGACCUCAGAUAGAGGCAUCUGUGCCAGAGCCUUAUAUGACUACCAAGCUGCUGAUGACACAGAGAUCUCGUUCGAUCCCGACGACAUCAUCGCCGGGAUCGAGAUGAUAGACGAGGGCUGGUGGCGAGGCUACGGUCCAGAUGGCCAUUUUGGAAUGUUCCCAGCCAAUUACGUGGAGCUAAUCUAGCCCACCGCGAACCCCACCACCACCACCCCACCCCAACCUACACAGAUCAACACACUGGCAGCCCCGGAGGACCUCUGCAGUAAAACAACACACAACAAAGUCAGUCCUCGCACACAAGUGAUCAGGCUGAUCAGGCUGAAACAGAGCAAAUGAGCCUCCGCAUCAUGGACCAAUGAACAGAUGGUAAUCGUGGGCCAGAAGCUUUUGAAAUCUCUCCACAUUUCAAGAAAGCAAUUCCAUUAAAUUAUUGAUGUAAGCAACUGAUGGCAUAGCGUAGGGAAGACCAAUAGACCGACCGAAACUCCCUCUUACUUCCCCCAAAAAUAAAUCUCUUUACCUUUUUAGAUGUGAUGCAGUACGAUAUCAGCCUUUGUUAAGUCUUAAAGUCAAUAAUAGUAUUUCUAGUUCACAUUCCUUACAAAGUGACUUCAGUUCUUUUUCAGGUAUUAUUUUGUUGUUACUUGUAGCAAAUGCUCCUGCACAUUUCAGGAAAAAAAAAAAAAAUUCAAAGAUAGUGGUACCAGCUACAGUGUAAUCUUUUGCCUUGUUUUUGCCUUUCUUUACCAGCAGACUGAAUUUCCUUUUUUUAAUGUGACUUACAACCUGUGUGAAUUUCAGACCCUGUUUUAGUACUGAUCUGACUGUGGUUGAAGUGAAUAUUUAAAAAAAAAACAAAAAAACAACAACAACAAAAAAAAAAAA